AUGCUGUACAGCGUAAUCACCGCUCUGAGUAUUCUCUCAGGUUGCGCGAUCGCCGCGGAAAUACAUGGCUCCCCUCUUAGGGAGGCCGAGGCGCGAACCAUAUACCAAUUUCCCAACAAUACAUAUGUGGAGAACUUGGCAGUUCGACCGAACGGACAGAUUCUUGCCAACGUCCUUACCUCACCUCAGGUCUGGCUGAUCGACCCUGAGCGUCCCGGCAAAGCGGUACUUGUUCACGAAUUCUCGAGCGUGCUCGGGCUGACCGGUAUAGUCGAGUACCAGCCGGAUAUAUAUGCUAUUGCCGGAGGCAACCUUUCCCUGGGCACUGGGGAGAGUGUCGUCGGAUCCUGGUCCAUCUGGAGUCUUGAUCUGCGCGGCUUGAAUAUAACUUCGAAUGAGUCCGUCUCGGCCCAGCCGCCGGCUUUGAGCAAAAUUGCCGACGUACUACCUGCGAGGUUCCUCGAUGGCAUGGCCUUGCUGCCGAGUCCGGAGAGACAGCUUCUUAUUGUCGGAGACGUUAAGACCGGUACUGUAUACUCGGUGGAUAUUAAUACGGGAGGGUAUGCGGUAGUGAUCAAUAAUACGUUCACAGCCCCUGCACCUGAUUACGCCUUCGGUCCCUCCGGCACGAACGGAAUACAGAUUCGCAAUGACACGAUGUACUUUGUCAAUACCGGCCAGAAGAAGCUUAACAGAGUCCGACUCGAUGUUAGUGACGGCACACCGGCCGGGGAUUUCAAAACGAUCGCGCAGACGCUCACUCCGUUGGACCAAUGGGACGACUUCGCGCUCGAUGAUGAAGGCAAUGCGUGGAUGGCCGCGGGAGGAGCAAACACGAUCCAGAAAAUCAACACGCGCACGGGAGAGGUCAGGGUCGUUGCUGGAGACGUGAACUCGACGGCCAUUGCAGAGGCGAUAUCUGCAAAGUUCGGAAGGCGCGAUUGUGAUUCGACGGCCCUGUAUGUUACUACGGCUGGCGGGCUCGCGACGCCCGUGAAUGGUGAUAUCGUCAUUGGAGGCCAGCUUGUGGCCGUCAGGACUUGA